CGAAUGCUUUCGCAGCGUCAUUUUUGUCCGGCACGCGACGCUAAUGACAACUCCUUCCUCACUUCUUUCGCGUCCUCCUCCAAGUUCAAAAAAUCGAAACGAAUUUAGUUUGCACCAUGGAAGAAUCAUCGGGAGCUCCCACAGCCGUCGUGGCAUUUAGUAGAAGCAGUGAUCAUACUACUGUUCGAGACUCUAUUAAAGAUGUCUUUGCGGAACUCCAAAAGGACGAUGAAGGAGUGAGACCUUCGGUGGUAGCAGCAGCUCUCAAAGCCAAACAGGCUGGUGUUACUAGCAGUAUUAAUACUGCACCACCGGAUACUCCCAAGAGUCAUGACGUUGACUAUGACGCCGUUCAAGCACUGCUAGCAGCCUUGUCGUUCACACCGUCGGAAAGCAGUGUUAGUAGCAGCAGUGACGAUGGAUCAGUCAAAAAGAGGUUUGACUUUGCCAGUCCAGUGAAGAAUGCUCCCUCCACGCCGUGGGUCAAGAGAGUUCAGACGACUCCUCCCACCGCUUCGACAACCUAUGAUGAAGAUGACGAAGACGAGGAUGUCAGUCAGAUGGUGAUUACACCCUCUCUCGAGAAGCACACCAAUCAUCAUGAGACUCCCAUGCGAGACACUUCGGAUUCCGCUGCGGCGGCCGCGUAUCCCUUGUCAUUGCCCAAUAGGGAUAAUGGUAGUUCUCAUUCUCAUGCAGACGACAACGUCUCCACGGUAUCGUCACCUCGGGGGCGGCGCCAUAGCCAUAAGCCAUGCAAAAAGUUCCCCAAGGUCUCUACCGAUAUCCCUGGAGCUGGUGUCACACGGUCCUCUGUGGGUCUCAAAAAGGGAGCCGUCAAGCUACCCUUUGUUCACAUUGCGGCUCCCGGUGGUGCGGGUGAGACUGUCGUGGCACUGCGCAAACAUCAUCAACAACACCAUCCGGCGCUUCACGUCUAUCAACAUGCCAAGGAAGCGUGGGCAUGGGGCAAAGGCAAUGCUCUCCUAAUUAGCCCAAUCAUGGGCAUGGCAGAGGGAAUAGUAGGCAUGGCAGCUGGGAUUACCGGACAAGGCGAUUUGGAAACGGUAGAUCACAAUCUCCUGACACCGUUGGUAUCGGCGGUCGAUGACGUGAUCUUGGGCCCCGUCGCCCAUGUGAUCGGAGGAGUACUUUCGGGCCUUUUUGGUGGUGGCGGUGAGGAUCAUGAUGGAAGAAACUAAGAACAGACAUGCAACUGAACAAGAAGAACGCUACCAUAGCGCGACAACAACCAAGAAAUCACCGAUUCGCAAAGGAUCGUUGUGUAUUCUGAAUGAGAAAAGAAAUAAUGUUGUUGGAGCUGUGGAUGAUAUUUAUUACACUUAAUAAGUAGUACGUAGCCGUGAAACUAGUAGUCGAAGAUUGGAUUUAAUCAUGCAGUUGUCACCAAAGCUGCAAGAUGGGAUCCUUUUUAAAAUAGUGACCAAACUAUACGCUU